AUCCUCAUCACAGGCAACAAGGCACCACACCUCUUCUUCUUCUUCCUCCUCCUCCUAGCACAGCUAGCGCCUGCUCCCCUUCGCCUGUGAUCAUGUCUUGCAGCAGCGGCAAGUGCGACUGUGGCUCCAGCUGCUCCUGCGGCAGCUCAUGCAACUGCAUGUCCCCUAACGUGGAGACCGCCGCCGCCAGCAGCAUCAAGACCACGGUCCUCGCCGCGCCGACCACCAAGGCCAGCGCCGGCGGCUUCGAGGCGGCCACCGAGGGCGGCGGCUGCGACUGCAACACCUGCAACUGCGGCACCAGCUGCGGCUGCUCCUGCUGCAGCUGCAACUGAGCCGGUCAGGCGAUGGCGCACGAGAGUCGAGAGGACGACGACGAGUCGUAUAAAUAUAAUAGCGGCGUCUAAAUAAGAUCCUGUCAACUGCACCCGCCAUUAUCGAUCCAUGGUCGCUCCUGGGGUUCAUGUUCAUCUGUAACGUGCUCGCGGUCAUGUCCGUCUCGUGCCGGAUUUAAUAUUUAUAUGCAUGUAUUUGUGUU